GUUCAACAUCCGCGAUUGCGAUCGAUAUAAUCUUUUAUGUCCCUCUACGGCUUCCGUUUGAGUCAUUGUUUCGUUUUUCAUGACACUGAAAGCCGUAGAAGAAUCUGAAAGCACGAAAGUGGAAGCAGUGGGAGCCUAAGCAUGGCGAACGACAGAUUGCGAGCAUUGGAAGACGUGGAGAAGGAGAUCGCGGUUAUUUUGCAAUGCGCCGGAAAUAUUAUACUGGAGCUGUCCAAGGAGAAGCACAAUGCUAGUCUACUUGACCGCCAGCUUGCUCAGUUCACUAGUGCUGUCAACAGGGUUGAAAGUGAGCUAAGCUCUCAAAUCCGCUAUCUGACGCAGGUGGCCACUGGACAGCCGCAUGAAGGCUCUACAUAUUCUGCACGCAAGGACUGCCAGAUGGCACUAAACCGUGCUGAAUAUGCUCGCAUCAAGCUUGGGGAGCUGGGCCGGACCUGCGAGGUUCUGCUGGAUCCACAGACGUGAGAGAUGCGUCACAACUCAGACGAACUAUAACUGCCAAAGGCAUUUCCCCCAUUUACAUUUGUUUUGAGAGUGUGGAGUAUUUCAUUGCAACAUUUUUAAUGGAAAGCGGGACUGUGCCAUAGCUUUGAAUGCAGUCCUGUUCAGAGCGCAUCUCAGUGGGAGUUCUUUGAAAUGCAGGUAACACUGCUGUGGGAAGCACAAUGGCCAAUCCUCAAACCCCAAGAGAGACUUGAUGUUUUUUUUGACUAUGAAAGUUCAACAGUGCUGAAUCAGCUUUUUCAACACUGAAAAAUGUUGCCAAUGUUGAAUUUAAAUGGAUGAUAUACACUCUGGUGCAUGCUUCAUGAACUAUUUAUGUUUCUACUAAAUAAAAAUUGUUCAUGAAUAUUCAAAUACAGUUUUGUCCCAAUUAAACCUAAAGAGUUGUUACUAUAA